ACGAUGGCCGUCGCGUGGUGUGCAAUUUCGGGAAUGUUAUACGGAAAAUUAUUUAAUCGUGACAUUUUAAACUUGUGAUAUUCUGUUAAAAGUCAAGCAUUUAAUUGCUUGUUUGUUAGCAAGCGAAUUGUUUCAUGAUAAGCUGAAAUAUUACAGAAUUGUGUGCUUAUUUUGAUAUGAAAACCAUAUGGAGCAGAAAACGAAGCCUAUAGAAGUUCAUAAAUUGUGACCAUCGAACAAUUUUGGCAGUGUUUUAACUAAUGUGACGAUUGCAUUCUAGUGACGAAGGUUUAAAGCCGACAUCACAAGGCACGUGAGUUGUCUCAUACAACCACACGCGGCAGUAGUGUUAACCCACGAGAGUUAUGCAACAACGACAACGAAUGUGGGAAUACGUGUGUGUGCAUGUAGGGAAAAAAUAGUAUCAGAGACUAAGCGGCUCUAGUAAGAAGUGUUUUUGUUAGUCGUGCCCUUACUGAAAAGAAAAUCAUCUCUCAGGCUGCUUAUAUUUAGAGAAACACUGUUUAUAUAUAUUUUUUUCUGUGAUUGAGUAAGUGAACAAAAUUGUACAAGUUCAGAGCCGAGAACUGUCAGACAAAUCAAAUCCUUAGAAUCUAUCGUUCGCAACGGCGCCAUCGACUGAAGCAGCAGCAUCAGUACCAGAUCACACUCAAUGGCGAAGGGUGCCAGAAAAAAGACGAAAUGGGUGUCCCUGUCGUUAGCCAGUGCCACAGCAACAACUAAUCCACCGACCGAGAAUGAAACUGAUGAAAAGUUCAAAUCAUCACGAGGAAGGAAAAGUUACACAGCUGUUGUCAGUGAGAACAGUGCCCGCAGUUACAUUGCGGCGCAUCCAUCGGAUUUUGGCUACACCGCCUCGAAAGACGAUACCCACCAUACCGACGUGAGCAGCGAAGAUCGUUCGCAGAAUCAAUCAGAGGGCGGCAGCAGCACACCAUACUCCAGCGGUCACUCCACUUAUUCCCAUAGGGCUCAUACGCGUUAUUCCAAAAGUAGUCACAACUACUAUCACAGUAGUGGAAAAUCUUACCAUGGUAAUCACUACGGAAGUAACAGCUAUCAUAGAAGUAGUUCAUACUCCACUCAAUAUACCGCCGAUGCCAAAAACGAACAAAACGAACCUGUUAGCAUAAACGAAGAUGAAUACACGAAAAUAACUACUCCCCGUCAGGAUGUACUUUUUAAGAAGGGCUACCUGUCACGGCCGAAACGACACACCACGGCCACAUCAACGAUGAGCGAUAACGGGGCUGCCUCCGUUAACGGUACCACUGAUGGUAGUGAUACCGCAACUGGUAGUGGAAGUGUCUCCACCGCUGAAUCGGUUACGUCCGAUACAACGUAUCUAACCGAAGGGCAAUUCAUGGAAUAUCCCACCCCGUACCCUUAUUUUGGUUAUUUUGAUCAAAGUGGAGUACUUGUAAUGAACGGCUUCGCCGUUGAUAACAAUGGCUUCUCAUACAUGAAUGGCGGUCAGACUUAUAUUUAUCCACCAAACUAUCACUGUUCGGCCACGCUCGAUACCGGCGGUCAAGUGGAUGUGGAGCAAGUCAACGAUGUUUCAACCCCAAUUGAUGCGUCCGAGGUACCACAAGCCACGGAUUCUGAUAAUAGUCCUAUUCCUGUCACUGGUGCUGAUCUCACUGAAAACGUCGAGCAACAACUGGUUGAUGCCGGUAUUGGCUACUAUGAAGCUAGCAGUCAGCAAGGCGACGGUGCAUUUUCGGUGCCCAACGAGGCCGAAAUUGAACAACCGGACGGCGAGAAGGAAGUGACAUUCGAUAGCUUAGAUCCUAAUGUAGCGCUGCAGACGGUUCUACCGCCGUACGGAAAUGGUUAUGAUUAUGCUCAAUUUUAUAAUGCCUACUAUUACCCUGGCUGUGUUAUGGCACCGUUUCCUGUGCUUGAAGAUGCGGUGUAUUACGAACAACUUGGUGUCUUGAGUGAAGAGGAAUACGCGAAGCAGUUCAGUUUCAAAAAGCGCAAGAAGUGGUACAGGAGCUGGGAAGAGUAUCCAACGGAACUCCACGAGCCAGGAAAUUCGACAGACGAUUAUUCGAGCGCAGACUGCCGCAACCAAGAAGCAACCUCCUUUUCUACUGCGGAAACACCCGUCCACGUAACUACGCCAGAAUCUUAUCUCGAAAUGCAACAAUCUUCCAAACAACCGGUCGUGGUGCCGGAUGCCACCUGCACUACUACGCAGCCAUCAGAUUCAUCUGUUCAGCCGCAAACGCAAAAAUCAGAGAAAUCCGAAGUAAGAUCUCAUCCUUCGAACCCAUCGAACCCGGUUCCACGGAAGCAACCAAAGGCGGCACAAUCCCAUCCACAGAAAUCGCGCAAACGAGAUCUAAUCGAAUCAACACUGGCCUUCGCCGAGCAAAAUAUUGACCUAACGAAAUCAGCGUCCCGUUUGACCGUGUCCUCGAAACCGACUGAUGCUCGACAGGACGAUGCCAACGUGUGGCGAACUGUCCGUAAUGGCAGAGAGGUUCCGGUAGAAGAAAAUCGAGACCUUCAUUUCAUUGAUACGAGUGCUAUGACUAAAAUGGACGCAAUCGAGGAAUUAUCGGAAGCGACUUCAAGUGAGGAGAUUUGUCGCGUAACUCCGAAACUUGAAGCUACAGAUGGUGCUGAAGUCAGUGUCUUGAAUGGUGCGGUGAAAAGCGACAAAAAGGGAGAGAGAACUGGAAAAAAGGUAAAGAAGACUGCCAAAGGAAAAGGAAGGAAACAGAAGAAAUUUAACUUAUCGCAGCAACAGAGAGGUUUUGAAGUGAUUGAACCAGAAUUUACUGUUUCGGUGAAAAAAUACGAAGAAAGUGAAAAUGAACUUGAUGUUGUAUCGGAAGAACCAACGUCAGAGGUGAAGACGUAUCACGAAGAAACGAAUGAAGUAAAUUCUUUUUCAUCUCCAGCUGAGGAAUGUCUCAUUUCGGAUUGUACUGAUAUCGAACAGGUGCCAGAAGUGGAGAACGAAGAGGAUACCGUGGCGAAUCUUGAGCAAGAUUUGUAUAAUGUACGGAUUGAUGAUUUACAUUUGAAUGAUGUAGACGUUUUACCCGAAGUUCCCUGCCAUUAUGACCAGCAAAGUGUAACAAAUGAUGAAUCUUGCUUCACGAGCAGUGUAGAAACUACAAACGUUGAAGAGAUUACACCAUUGAACCAGGAGGACGAAAUAGUGACUGAUGUGCCUUGCUUGUUGACGCCUGUUCACAGUCAACCACGGGCCAGUGAUACCUAUCCAGAAGAAGAACACUUGAAAGUCGAUUGUUCUACGUUGGAAAAUUCGAAUAACGAUUCGAAGUCUGUUCACAGUCAACCAAGUGAAAGUGAUUCCUAUCCAGAAGAAGAAAAUCUGAAGGUCGAUUGUUCUCCAUUGAAAAUUUCGAAUGAUACGAAGUAUGUUGACAGUCCACCAAGGGCAAGUGAUAUCUAUCCAGAAGAAGAACAUUUGAAGGUCGAAUGUUCUACAUUGGCAAAUUCGAAUAACGAUUCAAUGUCUGUUCACAAUCUACCGAGGGCCAGUGAUAUCUAUCCAGAAGAAGAACACCUGACAGUCAAUUGUUCUACAUUGGAAAAUGCGAAUAUUGAUUCGACGCUUGUCCACAGUCAACCUAAAACCAGUGAUUCCUAUCCAGAAGAAGAACAUUUGAAUGUCAACUGUUCUACAUUGGAAAAUUUGAAUGAUUCGAAGUCUGUUCGCAGUCAAUCUAGAGCUAGUGAUAUCUAUGCAGAAGAAGAACAUUUGACGGCCAAUUGUUCUGCAUUGGAAAAUUCGAAUAACUCACUCUCUUCGGAACCGGCUGAACGAGACUUCGCAUGCACAGAAAAUAAUGCCGAGGAAGAUUACCAUGACUGCAAGCAUUUUAGUGAAAAGGAGUAUUCCGAAGACCAUGAUUCCGGCCUUCAAAGUCCUGCCGCAUAUGUCGCCUCUACCACCAGUGGGGAGGAGCGUAAGGCAUCAUCCAGUUCCUACAACGACAGUGACACCAACUUGACCGAAGCUGUCACCAAUUGGCUCUCAGAGACAUUGCGAAGCAAGAGAUUGGAUGAAAUGUUUGUCCUGCCGGAAGAUCCAACUCUGUUGCACAAAAUCCAUCAAUUUAAUAUAAUGAAUCUUGAUGAUUUUCUCGUUCUGUCCUCCGAUACGUAUAGCAGCACCAGCGCUGAUGAAGCCGAAGAUGCCGACAGUGAUUACAUGAGUGAUGUACAGAUAAGGAAGCACCUCGGCGACGACCUCGACAUGCUCGGUGACAAACAAAAGACAGAAUCCCAAAAAGACCCGCUUGUUGUUAAGCAGACUGCAAAUGGUCACCAUCUAGCGAUCGGGGACCAUUCUAAUCAUAAGCAAAAACGCUGUAUUAUUAUGUAAAAUCUACGCGACCUAAAUCUACUGUUACUUAUUAAACUGAAACAAAAACUCGCGCAAAAAAAAAUUGAACAAAAACAAGUCAUUGCAUCCUCCUUUCUACUGAUAACAUAUUGAUAAUUAACAUUAUUUCUUAUGAAUAGAUUGCAUCAAGUGCCGUUUUGUUUUCGUUUGUAACCGUUAAUUUUGCAUUCAUUUGAAUUUAACUGUGAAAAUGGAAAUAAAGCUCGAAAUUGAAAAAUUA